AUGAGUCUCUCCCAUUCAUCUCCUAGAUCUUCAUGCGCCACGAACCCUCCUUCAGAUCCGACUUGCUUGUCCUCCUCACCCUCCGCGGCCCCACCACUAUUAGAACCUCCGGUGCGCCCGCCUGUCCAGCGCUCUGCCACCGUUGGGGCCCUGCUCCUGCGCGAUUAUGCCCUGAACAUCGAUCCCUCCGAGACGACGAGCGAUAUUCAUACCGAUCAUUCGACUUCCGGGCCACCCGAGUGCCGUCGCCAGACUCGUCGUGCGUCGGAGAUAACCCGCGAGGAGUCCGUGGUGCCGUCGCUUCCGUCGCCUUCGUUCCUACAUCUUCGAAAGACCUCCGCCUUCUCCGGCCACCAGCGAAACGCAUUAUCGAGCGAUUCCAUCCCUCGCCAAACCAUCCUUAAAGCGCUCGCCUCCCGACCGUCCAUUUCCGCACAACAGAACCCCAACAUGCCGCUGGCGGCGUCUCUGGGGCUCCUCCCUUCCAACUCCCCGAACCCGAACAACAACUCCUCCGACGAGCCCACGCGCCGCGCCUCGAUCAACUCCUCCCAAAAAUUGUCCGCUGCCCUGUCCAACCUACAACUCGGAGCCUACCUCGACCGGGCGGCCCCGUCGGCGCGAUUGGCCCUGCAAUCGCCCUGUUUCUUCCACCAACGGUUCGACGACGCCGUCAACAUCCAGAAAGUGCUCGAGGAGAUCACCGAUGACGAGUGGCUGUCCCACUCGCGGUUGGUGCAGACCGCGACGGGCGUGCGGGAGGUGUCCAAGCAGCUGCAGCGCCGACCGAUCAAACGCGCCGUCAAGACGGUCAUGAUCGUCACCAAGGCGCGCGACAACAGCCUGGUCCAUCUCACGCGCGAGUUGGCGGAGUGGCUGCUCUCGACGCCGCGGUACGGGAACGAGAUCGGGGUCAACGUCUACGUGGACGCGAAACUGCGCAACUCCAAGCGGUUCGACGCGCAGGGCCUCCUGGAGAAGGACCCGCGGUACCAGGAGAUGCUCCGCUACUGGACGCCCGAUCUGUGCUGGUCGUGCCCGGAGCGAUUCGACCUCGUGUUGACGCUCGGGGGUGACGGCACGGUGCUGUUCACCUCCUGGCUGUUCCAGCGGAUCGUGCCGCCGAUACUCUGUUUCUCCCUGGGUAGUCUGGGGUUCCUGACGAACUUCGAGUUCGAAAACUACAAGGAUCAUUUGAAUGCCGUCAUGGGCGAUGUGGGCAUGCGCGUCAACCUCCGCAUGCGGUUCACAUGCACUGUCUUCCGGAAGGACCGGAGCAAGGGCGCCGAGGCCGGGGCCGUCGAGGAAGGGGAGCAGUUCGAGGUGCUCAACGAGUUGGUGAUCGACCGUGGCCCGUCCCCUUAUGUGUCUAACCUUGAGCUCUACGCGGAUAAUGAUCUCUUGACUGUUGUCCAAGCCGACGGCUGCAUUUUCUCUACUCCCACAGGCUCAACCGCAUACUCCCUCUCAGCCGGAGGCUCCCUCAUCCACCCCUCCAUCCCCGGCAUCCUCCUCACCCCGAUCUGUCCGCACACCCUCUCCUUCCGGCCCAUGGUCCUCUCCGACACCUCGCUCCUCCGCAUCGCCGUGCCCCCGGGUUCCCGCUCGACGGCGUACUGCUCCUUCGACGGCAAAGGCCGCGUGGAGCUCCGCCAAGGCGACUACGUGACUGUCGAGGCGAGCCAAUACCCUUUCCCGACGGUGGUGUCCGGCAGCGGGGAGUGGUUCCAGAGCGUGCAGCGCGCGCUGCGGUGGAACACGCGCGGGGCGGUGCAGAAGAGCUGGUCGGCGGCGGUGAUGGACGGGGCCGACGAGUACGGCGAGGAGGGCGAGGACGAGGAUUGGGACAUCGACACCGACGCGGGGCUGGGCUGGACGGACAGUGGGCUGGGACCCAGUGAGGACGGGGACGCGGGGUCCACCAGUCCGAUGAAGCGGCAGAUGAGCAUGCUGAGCAUGUAG